UUCAACAGGGAGUGGUCUCGUAAUGCAUUUAGGGUGAAGGAUGAUUGCCAACAUAAGGAGGACAAGCAGAGGGGUGGACCAUCAAAUAAAAACAGAAUUUCAGUACAAAACUUUAGAGAGCAGAGAUGCUGUAUGUACUGAUAGAGGCACAGAGGGACCGGCCCAAGAAACUGCAGAAAGACGAUGAACUGAUAAAACCAGAGUCUAGAAUUAUAUCAAAAGACAAAAGAGGCCAGGGGACUGAGCCAUCUGAAAUAAGUGUAAUUGGACAACACGUCACCAAGGAGCCUAUUUCUUCCCUCUUGAAACCCCUGAUACAAGAUUCAGAAUGGUUCACAUUGAGUCCAGAAGAGAAAUUGGCUUGGGCUAAAGCAUCUAAAGACCCUAGGAUUGCUGCAGAUCAACAUUCUCCACUGGAGAAAAAGAUAUUGAAUCUAGGUGGCGUGCAUACAACAGCAGCAAGACACUUGAUGAGUAGGAAAUGUCAAGAAGAGUAUGAAACACUCUGUAGGGAACAAGCUGUUUCUCUUGACUACUGGCUUUCCAAAGCAGAGUCUUAUUAUAAUAAAAGAUUAGUGGAAAUGUUGAAAGAAGAGAAGACUGGCAAUGAAAUGAAUACAGAAAUGGAGGAGAAAACAACCCAAAGCAUAGAGGGACAAAAACAGUCCUAUUGGGUACCUGAGAGAGAGAGGAAACAGAUACAAAGGCACAUACAUGGAACAGGCCAGGCCAGAGAAUUUAAAAGCAAAACAUUUAGACAACCAAGACCCCUCAGUGCAACAAUAUUACCAAAAAUUAAGCCAGAAAAGCAUAGCAUCCCAAAAGCACAGAGAAGAAAGCAGGUAAAUGAGAGACAACAGAUGCAAAUUAAAGAUCAUCAAGAACGCAUGAUUCGAGGGAGAGAACUUAUAGAGCAAAAACUCAAGGAAAGAAUUUUGAGGAAAAGUCAGAGCCAGCUACCUACAUAUGAGAAGCAAGAGAGAAUACAGAAAGAGGUAAAAGAGUUUGAAAGAGUUAUUGCAUAUCCACUUUUCCAGCCUCGCAAUAGAAGUCGGAUUAAAGUGAAUAUUCUUAUGGAAAAGCAUCAGAAUACAGAGGAAGUGGAUACAAUUAUAAAGCCACAUCAAAGAAGAUUCUUGGUUGUGCCACCCUUUUUGAAAAGCCAAAUAAGGAAAAUAAAAGCUUAGUAAAGUUUCAA